AUGACAGUUUUAAAGAUCGUUGAUUUGUUUUUGGUGUGAUGCGGUGGAUAGUGGGUUAACUUCAUACAGUACUUUGAAAUUGUAAAGAUUAUGAACAAGUUGCAAUAAAUACAGCAAUGGACAUUUGUAUAUUUUAGCGCACGAUGUAGCACUACGCGUGUGAAUAAUGAAUUUUUCAUGUAUUAUUUUUAGAAAAGAGAUGACGCUAGCCGAUGAUCUGAAGUUGCCCUAGCAACGCCGAGAGUCGGUGUUUGUGACUUAAAAUGGGAAGCCGAUAAUAGUGUGCUUAAUUGCUAUGUCUCUAUGGACAGGAGAUAUCCAUGUUGGCACUGGUAUAAAUUUGCCACGCAAGCCAAACAUGGAAACAGAAUCAGUAAGAUCCUGUUAUAGUGAGCAGUCAUCACGUUCACGUCGUAGCAAAGCUCAUAGCACCCAUGGUGGGACCAAUCAUCACAGUUACCGCAGUCGCCCCUCUAAGCACUUACAUCGAACUCCUAAAGGAGAUCGCAGUCACAAUUCUGCCCUAGGAAGCAAAUGUAGUAACGGACAUGAAAAUCGUCCUGAUGAAUUCAUUGAAGUUCAGAUCUUGUCCCAAGAUGACAACUGGGGUGAUAAUACAACAGCUAUCACAGGAAACACUAGUGACCAUUCUGGGUCCUUGGAUGAUUUAUCAAAACUAAAUGGUGAUUAUGAAACUAGUGUAGGUUUUUAUUGCCAUAUGUGGAUUGGAACUGUUUUCACUACAUUGCUGUCAUUUUGUGCCUUUGCCUCUCCUAUCAUCAUGGUGAUACUGCCCAAGAUUGAAGCAUUAGACUGGAAAGUGCAAAAAUGUGGACCAGAGUGUGAUGGUCUGUUAAUAAGUUUGUCAUUUAAACUUUUAAUUCUUUUGUUUGGAUCUUGGGCCUUAUUUUUUCGAAGGCCCAAAGUUACUCUUCCUAGAAUAUUUAUUUAUCGUGCAAUUGUUUUAGCCUUGAUGAUUGUUUUUACAUUUGCUUAUUGGCUUUUUUAUGGUGUGCGUAUUGUGGAAAAGCGACAUGAUGAUUAUCACAGCAUUGUAUUGUUUGCCGUCUCUUUAGUUGACACAUUACUAUUUAUUCAUUAUUUGGCUGUCAUCCUUAUUGAAUUAAGGCAACUGAAUGCGCAGUAUUUUGUAAAAGUUGUUCGUUCACCAGAUGGUGAAAGUCACUGCUACAAUAUUGGGCAGCUAAGCAUUCAAAGAGCUGCUGCUUUGAUUUUAGAAUAUUACUAUAGAGAUUUCACCAUUUAUAAUCCAUACCUGGAAACAAUACCUACUAAAUCACGAAAAUCAGCUCCUGGAUUUAAAAUGUAUGAUGUAGACAAUGUGCCUAAUAGUCCUAUGAAUUGCACCAAUCGCAGUGUUAUGGGAAGUGACAUCCACCGACGAGACUCUAGUCACAACGAAAGAUUUUAUGAAGAACAUGAAUAUGAGAGAAGGGUAAAGAAGCGUAAAGCAAGGCUUGUGUCAGCUGCAGAAGAAUCUUUUACGCAUAUAAAAAGAUUGCAAGAUGAACAAGGCCCAGCAAUACCAAUGGAUCCUUCUGAAGCUGCUCAAGCCAUUUUUCCUUCCAUGGCCAAAGCCUUGCAAAAAUAUUUGCGCAUAACUCGACAACAGCCAAGACACACUAUGCAAUCUAUUCUUGAUCAUCUAGCCUUGUGCCUGAGUCAUGACCUCAGUCCAAAAGCUUUUCUUGAGAAAUAUCUUGUAUCCUCGCCGGUUCUUCAAAAUGAUAGAGAGCAUCGUCCAAGCCAAACCUGGGCUCUGGUCUGUGACACAUUAUUGUCACGACCCAUAGAACCUGGAUGUAUAUUCAUGCUUCGUCAAAAUGACAUUUCGUUAUUGGUUACCAUUGCUCGCUUGCCCCAUCUGAGUAUAACUGAAGAAGUUAUUGAUCCAAAGAGCAAUAAAUUUGUAUUAAGAUUAAAUUCAGAAACGUCAGUGUAAAUUGUAUAGUCUAGAUAGACUUAAUUGUCUUUUAUAUGCCUGACCUGGUUUUUAAGGAAGGUAGAUAGAUAUUUGUGGUGCUUUAAUUUAUGAAAUAUUUGUAUUUUCCAUGUGAUAAAUUAGGUGGUUGUGCAGGUGCUUCUGUGAAUGAAUUACUGUUACGAAAAAUUAUGUUUGUUAAUCUCAUGUUUUAUUUAAAUAGGAAUAUCUUGUAAAGAAGCAUUUUUGAUGGAAAAGUUUCUGUUUUAUAAAUAGAAGAAUCAGUAAUUCUGAAUUAUUCCUUUAUGUUGCAGUAAAAGCCCACUUUCCUACAUCUAAUUAUUUCCCUCAUCCUUACAAACUAUUUUAUACCAACUAUGGUAUAAUAGCUUGUAAUAACGAAAAAUUAAUUUAAGAAAAAAUGUUGCAUCUAGCAUGUUAAUUUCAUUAUAUGAAGAUAACAAUGUUUAUCUCAUUUUUAUGAGAAGUGUAAUAUUAUAUGGUACCAUUUGAUUUGUGAUAGGCAUGUGUUCUUCCAUUUACCAAUUUAUAUAGUUAAUGACUAUUUAUUAUGUAUAUGGUUAUUAAAAUAUCAAAAAUUUAUUCCUUUCUCGGAGUUUUUAGAAUGUUAUAAAUAAUGAUUUCUGCGGUAAUACUUGAAGUUAAUGAUUAAAGUAGGCUUUUACUGAAAUUAUUUCUUGUUUAAAAUGUUUUUGAUUUUAUAGCUGCAGUGAAAUCUUUCAAGGUGACCACUUCCAGAACUAGCAAGUGCAUACGGGACUGUAAAUAAAUAUCAGUGUUAAUAUUUAUAAUAAUAUUUUUUAAAAUUACAGUACAUAAUUGAGUCCCAUUGCUCUUUUGCCCCAUUUGAGUAGGACUGAUAAAGUUAUUAAACUAAAGCACAAUAAAUUUGUCAGUGACCUUUCAUAGCAUAUUAAAAACGCUAACAUUUUUCUUAGUCUUGAAAUGUUGUUUUUAAUUACUUCAUGCAAAAUUGCAAAAUUUUACUGUGAGUAAAUAAUAAUAAUUAUAUUGUGUACUUGUAGUCCUAUUAAGAGUUUAGCAUUUUUGUCCUAAUAAUUAAUCUAACAUCUUAGAUUUUAAAGUUAAUUGUUAAAUGCUUCAUACUUUGUUCUGCCAGGUUGUUUCAAUCAUUAAAGGAUUUGAAUUAAUUUGCUAGCAAGCUCAUUAUUUUUACUUUAAUAGCCAUCAUGUUUUCUGUAUAAAUGUUUUCAUUUAAAUUUCUCGGCAGAAAUAUGAUUUUCACAGUAGAAUAGCAUAUUACCCAAUUUUACAUAGCAGCAUUAGUUAACUGUUUGCUUUAUAACCUUUACCAAAUUGUUUAGAACAUUCAGUAUUAAUUUAGAAGUCAAACAACAAAAAUCAAUGUUAUCUUUUCAAGUUUUCACAGGACUAGUUUUGAUGGUUUUACCAAACCAUGAUCCUCAGCUGCAUACCAUUGAAACUAGUCCUGUGAA